UUUUGCUGGGAUGUGCGUGGGAGAUGUGUGGGGUAGUUUUGCUGGAAUGUGCGUGGGAGACGUGUGGGGUAGUUUUGCUGGGAUAUGCGUGGGAGAUGUGUGGGGUAGUUUUGCUGGGAUAUGCGUGGGAGAUGUGUGGGGUAGUUUUGCUGGGAUGUGCGUGGGAGAUGUGUGGGGUAGUUUUGCUGGAAUGUGCGUGGGAGACGUGUGGGGUAGUUUUGCUGGGAUAUGCGUGGGAGAUGUGUGGGGUAGUUUUGCUGGGAUAUGCGUGGGAGAUGUGUGGGAUAGUUUUGCUGGGAUGUGCGUGGGAGAUGUGUGGGGUAGUUUUGCUGGAAUGUGCAGGGGAAUUGGGAUUGCAAAAACUUCUAUACAACGACUUCUUUCCUGUACCACCAACAGAUGCCAAAAAGAAUCCCAAGAAGAG